AUGGGCUUAACGUGCAACGGAUCUGAAGAAGAACCAAAACCUCAAUGUGUGAUAUGUUUUGAGGUAUUAUCAAACAAGGCUUUAAAACCAUCAAAACUAAAAAGACACCAUGAAACUAAGUAUAAAGAACAUGUCAUGAAAUCCAUUGAAUUUUUUAAAAAUAAAGAACAAGAAUUGAGAAAAAAUAUGAAAUGUAUCAAAAAAAAUUAAAACUGAUUGUAUAAAUGGAAGUGCUGUAAAUGCAUCGUUUGCAGUUUCUUUACUAAUUGGGAAAUCAGGAAAACCUCACACGAUUGCAGAAGACUUGAUAUUACCUGCUGUGAAAGCUAUGGUUUCUGCAAUGAUCGGCGAAGAAGCUACAAAUAGCUUUAAUAAAAUUGCAUUGUCAAAUGAUACAAUAAAACAACAAAUUGAUGGUUUAUCAAGAAAUAUUAAAGAACAGUUGUUGAGAAGAAUUAAUAAAAGUGACUACUUAAGUCUCCGACUUGAUGAAAGUACCAAUAUAACUAAUAAAUCAGUAUUACUGAUUAAGAUACGAAUACGAAAAUGUCAUUUCCGAAGACAUUUUAUUCGUAACCACUGUGGUACACACAACGGCAGAGGAAAUAUUUUGUAAAAUGAAUGAAUUUAUUAUGGCUUUAUUAGAGUCUUCGGCUGUCAAAGAAGAAUUACGAUCCAUUUCCAAAUAUCAAAAAUGUUAUUGAAUCAACUGAAGAAGAAUUGUCAGAUAAAAAUUCUAAAUAUUUCAUAAAACAUAUGAGUAAUAUGCAACGUAGUUUCCGUGAUUGCUUUCCUGUUCCAGAUAUAAGUAGAAAUUGGAUUCGACAACCUUUUGAAAUUGAUAUUCAUCAAAUAAAUGGACUGACAUCAUUGGAAGAAGACAGCCUUAUAGAAAUUUCUACAGAUACUAGUUUAAAAAUUCAAUUCAAUCAAAAGUCAUUAGAAAAAUUUUGGUUGCAUGUUCGAAAAGGAUUAAACACAAUUAUCAAGUAAAGCUCUAAAAAUUUUGAUUUCAUUCCCCACAACUUAUUUAUAUUAAAAAGCCUUCUCCGCCCUCUUUCAUAUUAAGAAUAAGUUUCGAAACCGAAUAGAAAACGUAGAAAACGAAUAGAAUCUGAACUACGAUUAAAGCUUUCGAGUAUUGAGUCCUAUGUU